CUCGGGCAUUCUAGUCGCUUCGCUUUUGUUGCACUGAUCAGCAGCAGCCAACAUUUUCUCCCGACCCACUAAAUUGAAUUAUACUGCAAGAUGUGUCGUGCGAUUCGGUUGUUAACUCUCUUGGCCUGUUUCCUUGUGGCCAGUUUGAAUCCGAUUGAGCCAGCAGAUGAUCAGAUCUUCUUUCUCAACCUCGAUUCCAGCGAACAAUCGGCUUUGAUGGAAAUGAUCGUCGACGCAGCCGGUCGAGUUGCGGUACAGAGGAGUACAGCAGAAUCCUCGAUGAUGACCGAAAUCGAUAUGAAGAUCCCCGAGAUCGUCAUUCAACGCAUGCGGAACCCCGAUUUUGAUAGACAGAUGCUGGUCAGAUGGAUCGGCCGUCGAUGGAACCUACCGGACGGCGCAAUCGCCGACAUUGUGGCGACUGGAAGAGGAUGCUCCCCCCGUAUUUGCCUAUCGAUUUCAAGUCGUUCAACAAUGGAAGACAAUUGCUGCCCAUUAGGCUAAUACACACGACCGCUUUUUCUCUUUCCAUAACUCGGUACAACACGGACUCACUUAAUUUUGAAAACAAAAAAAAAAUCCCACUAUUAAGAUUACGAAACAGUCGUCAUAAUUAUCCUCUUAGAUGCCAUCCACAUAAUCAAUCCCAAGAACAAGUCGUAUAAAACGUGCGCCAAGACAACGGGUCACGAUAGCACUGUAGUUUGGUCUUUCUUUUCUGUUUAGUAUCAGGAAUACCUGGUAAUAAGUACACCAUUAAACUAUG